GCGAGAAUCAAGCCGGACUAAAUUUCUCAAGUCUUCUGCAGCCAAUGCUUUUAAUAUAGUUGAAUACGAGCUGAGCUUCAUGUACGAACUUCUCCAUACCAAAGUUGUCAUGAUGCAUUGCAUAUUUGGUUACAGAGGAUAUGAAAACCUUUAUUUUCAAUGAGCUGAAAAGAAAAUCUCAAACAGCUAGCACUUUAACCGACGCCAUUGAAGCAUGUUCGCAAAGAGGCGAGUGGGCUCUCUUACGUACUUCUAGCUAUAUCAAACUAAAAUGGAGUAUCGGAGAGUUUCAAUACGCAGAAAGUCUUCUCCUCUGGCACUUAGCAACUGAACUCUGUUACAGCACCAUUAAGGAAAAAGACAGCAACGAAAGAACAAUUUGCAAGCAUCUUUCCGAUUAUAUGUUCUAUCUUCUGGUUGCGAAGCCGACUAUGCUGGCACCGGUUCUUGGAAACUGGCAAGUGGUUUCACAAGACACGUAUGCAGAGGCUAAGAGAUUUUUCAAUGAACUCUCAGUAUCAGAUGAGAGACAAGCAUGUGAAAUGCUUAUUUCUGUAGAAACCAAGUUUAGAGCUACCGCUGUGAAGGGAAUUAGAAGCAAAUCUGUACUGUUUGAUGCUUGUGUUCUUGCACAUCAGCUUCAAAAAAUGGAGGAACCAAGGUGGAAGGUGAUGGUGCUGGUGUGGGCAGAGCUGCUUUGCUACGCCGCCAUUCAUUGUAGGCCGAUUGUACAUGCUCAGCAACCAAGCAGGGGUGGAGAGUUUCUGACUUUCACUUGGUUGCUGAUGAAUCAUUUCGGAUUGGGAACUCAGUUCUAUAAGCAAGAACAGCAAGCUGGGAGAAAGUUUAUGCCUGUCAUGUAAAUCAAUUAGGUAGGUUUUUUUUUUUUUUUUUUAAAUAGUAAAAUUUAGCAGGGUUAUCCUUAGUUAACUUCUUAUUUUUUUUUAUUUUUUAUUUUUUAUUUUUUAUGUUUUUGUUUUAGUUUUUUUAUCAUAACUUUAUAUGCAUCUUUUUAAAUAUCAAUAUUGUUAUAUGGUAUUA